GUUACAUUGAAGAGGAACCCACGAAGAAAGUUUGAAACUUUGAAAAAGCUAAAAUGGAGGCUCUCUUUCCACAUUUAUAUAACAAGAGAAUGACGUCGCAUUUAUGCAUUAUAGAGAUCACUGGCAAAGAUUCAAUUUUUAGGAACAAUCGCUAAUCAAAAGGUUUGGGUAUUCGAGGUUUGAUUGAAAAAGGAUGGGUUUUGAGGCAUUGAAUUGGUACUGCAAGCCAAUUGCAGAAGGAUUUUGGGAAAAAACACCGGAUGGUGCGUUUGGUGCCUACACGCCGUGUGCCAUUGACUCACUAGUGAUGAUUGUUUCUAACUCUGUACUUCUGGGUUUGUGUUUCUACCGGAUAUGGAUCACCUUGUACAAUGCCAAAGCUCAGAUUUAUGUUUUGAGGAAGAUGUACUAUCACUGUGUGCUAUGGAUAUUGGCUUGUUGCUGUGUUGUUGAGCCUGUACUGAGAUUAGUUAUGGGGAUUUCGCUUUUUGACAUGGGUGAUGAAACUGAUCUUCCUCCCUUUGAGGUUGCAUCCUUAAUGGUUGAGGCAUUUGCUUGGUUCGCCAUGCUUGUUUUGAUUGGACUUGAAACCAAACAAUAUGUCAAAGAGUUCCGAUGGUACGUGAGAUUUGGUGUUGUAUAUGUUUUGGUUGCUGAUGCGGUGCUGCUGGACCUUGUGUUGCCUCUCAAGAACUCAAUCAAUAGAACUGCCCUAUAUCUCUGUAUCAGUUCAAGAUGUUGCCAGGCUCUUUUUGGAAUCCUUCUACUUGUUUACAUUCCUGAACUGGAUCUUUAUCCAGAUUACCAUAUUCUAAACAAUGAAUCGUUAGACAAUGUUGAAUAUGAUGCACUGCCUGGGGGAGUGAACAUAUGUCCCGAGCGAUAUGCCAGCAUAUUUUCUGGAAUAUACUUUAGUUGGAUGACGCCGCUUAUGCAGUUAGGCUACAGAAAGCCUAUUACUGAGAGGGAUGUUUGGCAAUUAGACCAAUGGGACCAAACAGAAACUCUGAUAAAAAGAUUCCAAAGGUGCUGGACUGAAGAAUCACGGAGGCCUAAGCCAUGGCUACUCCGAGCACUAAAUAAUAGCCUUGGUCGAAGGUUCUGGUUGGGUGGUAUUUUCAAGGUUGGGCAUGAUCUAUCUCAAUUUGUUGGACCAGUUAUACUGAGCCAUAUCCUGCAGUCAAUGAUAGAAGGUGAUCCAGCUUGGGUUGGCUAUGUCUAUGCUUUCUUAAUUUUCUUUGGGGUGACAUUUGGAGUGCUUUGUCAAUCUCAGUACUUUCAACAUGUUGGGCGAGUGGGAUUUCGGUUGAGGUCAACUUUGGUUGCAGCUAUAUUCCACAAAUCUUUAAGACUAACCAAUAAAGCUCGCAAAAAUUUUGCAUCUGGGAAAGUCACAAACAUGAUAACUACUGAUGCUAAUGCACUUCAGCUAAUAGCAGAACAGCUCCAUGGUUUAUGGUCAGCUCCCUUUCGCAUCAUUGUGUCUAUGGUUCUUCUCUAUCAACAACUAGGAGUUGCUUCAAUUUUCGGUUCACUGAUUUUAUUUCUCCUUAUUCCUUUCCAGACUCUGAUUGUAAGAAAAAUGCGGAAACUUACUAAAGAAGGACUCCAGUGGACUGACAAAAGAGUCGGUAUCAUAUAUGAGAUUUUGGCAUCCAUGGAUAUUGUAAAAUGCUAUGCAUGGGAGAAGAGCUUCGAGUCCCGGAUUCAAGGAAUUAGAAACGAAGAGCUCUCAUGGUUUCGUAAAGCGCAGUUACUAUCAGCUUUUAAUAGUUUUAUACUGAACAGCACCCCAGUUGUUGUGACCUUGGUUUCAUUUGGGGUUUAUGUUCUGCUUGGAGGAGAUUUGACACCAGCAAGGGCAUUCACAUCUCUUUCUCUAUUUGCAGUUCUAAGAUCUCCUCUCAGCACGCUACCAAAUCUUAUAAGUCAGGCUGUCAACGCAAAUGUUUCACUGCAACGCAUUGAGGAACUACUUUUAAGUGAAGAGAGAAUUCUAGCACAAAACCCACCUCUCCAACCAGGAGCUCCAGCCAUUUCCAUUAAGAAUGGAUAUUUUUCAUGGGAUUCAAAGACAUCCAAACCCACAUUAUCGGAUAUCAAUUUGGAGAUACCGGUGGGCAGCUUGGUUGCCAUUGUAGGUGGAACUGGAGAAGGUAAGACGUCACUUAUUUCGGCAAUGCUGGGGGAGUUAUCUCAUGCUGAAACCUCAAGCGUUGAUAUCAGAGGAUCUGUAGCUUAUGUACCUCAAGUUUCAUGGAUCUUUAAUGCCACUCUGCGUGAAAACAUUUUAUUUGGGUCAGAUUUUGAGUCUGAAAGAUAUUGGAGGGCUAUUGAUGUGACUGCCUUACAACACGAUCUUGAUUUGUUUCCAGGCCGUGAUCGUACUGAGAUUGGAGAACGUGGGGUGAAUAUUAGUGGAGGGCAGAAGCAGAGAGUUUCAAUGGCUAGGGCAGUCUACUCAAAUUCAGAUAUUUACAUAUUUGAUGAUCCUUUCAGUGCUUUAGAUGCUCAUGUUGCUCACCAGGUCUUUGAUAGCUGCGUGAAGCAUGAGCUGAAGGGGAAAACCAGGGUUCUUGUAACAAAUCAGCUACAUUUUCUUCCUUUGAUGGAUAGAAUAAUUUUAGUCUCCGAAGGAAUGAUCAAAGAGGAGGGAAACUUCGCAGAGCUGUCAAAAAGUGGGACUUUGUUCAAAAAACUAAUGGAGAAUGCUGGAAAAAUGGAUGCAACCCAAGAAGUCAAUACAAAUGACGAGAACAUUUCGAAGCUGGGUCCUACUGUCACGAUUGAUGUGAGUGAAAGAAGUCUUGGCAGUAUCCAGCAAGGGAAAUGGGGAAGAUCCAUGCUUGUAAAGCAAGAAGAGCGGGAAACUGGCAUCAUUAGCUGGGAUGUUGUGAUGAGGUAUAAUAAAGCAGUAGGCGGCUUAUGGGUAGUUAUGAUUCUCUUAGUAUGCUAUUUAACAACUGAAGUUCUCCGAGUUUUAAGUAGCACAUGGUUAAGUAUUUGGACUGAUCAAAGCACGCCAAAGAGUUAUAGUCCCGGUUUCUACAUUGUCGUAUAUGCUCUUCUCGGAUUUGGUCAGGUGGCUGUCACGUUUACCAACUCUUUUUGGUUGAUCUCGUCAAGUUUACAUGCCGCUAAAAGACUCCAUGACGCAAUGCUGAAUUCUAUCCUACGUGCUCCUAUGCUCUUCUUCGAAACAAACCCAACCGGACGUGUAAUAAACAGGUUUUCUAAGGAUAUUGGUGAUAUAGAUAGAAACGUGGCCAACCUAAUGAACAUGUUCAUGAACCAGCUAUGGCAACUCCUCUCGACAUUUGCACUUAUAGGUAUUGUCAGUACAAUUUCAUUGUGGGCAAUAAUGCCACUCCUAAUACUGUUUUAUGCAACAUAUAUCUACUAUCAGGUAAAUUCUACUUCAUGUCAUUGUCCGCUUCUCUUUAAUUGUUAUUAAUCUAUGUGAUCCACUUGGAAUGAAUCUCACUUUUGUAAUUUGUAGAGCACAUCCCGUGAAGUUAGACGUUUGGAUUCCGUUACUAGAUCACCUAUCUAUGCUCUAUUUGGAGAAGCUUUGAAUGGUUUGUCAAGCAUCCGAGCCUAUAAAGCCUAUGACCGGAUGGCAAAGAUAAAUGGAAAAUCCAUGGACAACAACAUAAGGUUUACUCUCGCUAGUACUAGCUCAAAUCGUUGGCUCACUAUAAGAUCUGAGAGUCUUGGGGGUGUCAUGAUUUGGUUAACUGCAACUUUUGCGGUUCUGCGAUAUGGGAAUGCAGAGAACCAAGCUGUUUUUGCAUCUACGAUGGGUCUCCUUCUUAGUUACACUCUGAAUAUCACUACUCUGUUAAGUGGUGUUCUAAGGCAAGCUAGCAAAGCAGAGAACAGCUUAAACUCUGUUGAGCGUGUUGGCAACUAUAUUGAUCUUCCUUCUGAGGCUACAGCUAUAAUCGAGAACAAUCGUCCAGUAUCUGGCUGGCCUUCAAGAGGAUCAAUUCAAUUUGAAGACGUUCACCUGCGUUAUAGACCCGGGCUUCCUCCAGUAUUGCAUGGACUGUCCUUUUUUGUUUAUCCGAGUGAGAAAGUAGGAGUGGUGGGAAGAACUGGGGCAGGAAAGUCUUCCAUGCUGAAUGCAUUAUACCGGAUUGUGGAAUUGGAAAAAGGAAGAAUCCUGAUUGAUGAUUAUGAUGUGGCUAAGUUUGGACUGACAGAUUUGCGUAGGGUCCUAAGUAUCAUACCCCAGUCACCAGUUCUUUUUUCAGGUUUGUGUGUAGUUUAAGACGAUAUUGUAAGUAUGAUCCUGAAUUCUGAGAAACAGUUCUUCUUGUUAGGGACGGUGAGAUUCAAUAUCGAUCCAUUUAGUGAACACAAUGAUGCUGACCUCUGGGAGGCUCUAGAAAGGGCGCAUAUAAAAGAUGUCAUCGAUAGGAAUCCUUUUGGCCUAGAUGCAGAGGUCUCUGAGGGAGGUGAGAACUUCAGUGUGGGGCAAAGACAACUGCUGAGUCUAGCGCGUGCAUUGCUAAGAAGAUCUAAGAUCCUUUUUCUUGAUGAAGCAACUGCAUCUGUUGAUGUCAGAACAGAUUCUCUGAUACAGAGGACCAUACGUGAGGAAUUCAAGUCUUGUACAAUGCUUAUUAUCGCUCACAGAUUGAAUACCAUCAUCGACUGCGACAAGAUCCUUGUGCUUAGUUCUGGUCAGGUUUUGGAGUAUGAUAGUCCACAAGAAUUGCUAUCAAGAGAUACAAGUGCUUUCUUUAAGAUGGUUCAUAGCACUGGACCAGAAAAUGGUCAGUACCUUUCCAACUUGGUCUUUGAAAGGAGAGGGAAUGGAAUGAGUCAAGGUGGAUAGAAAUGGACACCUGCCUUCCAAGAAUGAGUUUUUAAGUUUGCUUGAUGACGGAAUUUGCAUUGUUACCAAUUUACCAUUAACCAGAGUCCCAAAGUAACAAGGUGUUAGUCUUCUUAUGCUGAAAAAUCUGCAGUCAUGAGUCAUGACCAAUAGCACUCUUGUGUACAUAUGACAUUCUUGGCAGUAGGAAUGGCUAACAAUAUAUUUGAUUGUUUCAAAAUGUUCUGUAAUGAUCCCUUUUUUCUGGUGUGUAGAAUAGAGUGAUAAACAAUGCAAGAGCUUCUAGUAUCACUUAAUCUGUUCAUAUGUACAAGACUCCAUUAAACUAUCUGCAAAAUAUAAAAAGGUUGUGUUACUAUCAUAGUCUUAGUGAUAAAUA